UUCCUCACCCAAUGGUCCACUACCAAGUUACUAUCCACGGGGUUGCUAUCAGUAUCUCAGACAAGGACUCUGCCCAAGCAGAGGCUCUUGUCGCCCGUUUUCCGUACAAGGAUUCGUCAUUUGAAAUCGAGACUGUUGCACGCUUUGUCAACUUUGCUGCAACCGAGAACACCGAAGUCGCUGUCGCUGCCUUCCAGUACCUUCACCAAAAGUACUGCUCGAUUGACAACAUCCACGUUGUUGUCCAGCAGCUCAAGCUCACGGCCGAGCAAGCCCAGUCUGCUGUCUGGCUUCUUGACGUCUAUCGCCCACUUCUUGCCGACUUUGUCGCUGAGAUGGCUGGAUUCUUGCUGGUCACGACCCAGGAUUCGCCUUUCACACGUGUUUAUAAUCAGCCGAUAGACCUCAUGGGCUGGCUUCUUCACCCCGAGUCGCGUCCAAGUAUGGAGCUUCUCGCUGCUAUCUAUAUUGCGUCGCCAAUCCUAGCUCUAAUCCAACUGAUGCACCUGAUGGUCUUGUACAAGACACUCAGGGUUACCCCGGGCGAACUUUCUCAGUCAUUCAAAAGUAGGCAUUGCUAUUGCGGACCAAUGAUUCCGACGGUGACUGAUGAAAAGUCCUUUUACGCAAAGUCGAAGAAGGUGUUAGGCACGCUUAUCGCUGGAUCCUAUGCAAUCCAAUUGCUGUCCCUCUCGAGUCAAAAGCUGAUUGCUCAGUUCAAUUCCUGCUACCUUUCGCCCACCGAUCACGUCUACCUGGCGCUCAUCAACACUUUUGACCUAUUUGUUGUCACUGGCCGUCUGAAGGUUGUCGUGCAGUUUGUCCAGUUCCUCCGCCAGCGUUGUGCAGAAUCCAGCGCAAGCCAGGUGGCGGAUAUCAGCUACGUGAACUCCAGCAUCGUCACCCACUGCCAUCUCUUGCAAGCUACUGGCGAGUUGCUUCCUGGGUUUGUCACUGAAAGAGAUUGGUCUUAUAACUGUGGCGAUACUCAAGUCAUUCCUCCUGUCAAAGUCAAUGGCGUUGAUAUUUCGUCUGGUGUCGAUCUUGAUGAGAUGGUGGCACACGUCAUUUGUACUCGUCGUUUUGACUGGCCAUCAACCCUCAAGGGAGCCGAUGCUACGCAUAUCGUUGACUUUAGCCCCGGUGGGUUCGGUGCCUUUGCGCGACUGGCACGCGGUAUCGUUGAUGGUAGUGGUGCUGACAUUUUCCAGCGUGACAUCCGCUCAGUAGUCCAGUCCAUGGAUUGGAGAAGAGCAUUCAGCCCCAGGCUUGUCCAAGUCAAGAGCGACAACCAGAUUCACAUCAACUCGCCGAUGUUCCAUGCCUUGGGGCGUCCGCCAGUGAUGGUGUCUACUGUUGAACCGAGCACCACUAGUGUUCAGCUGGUUGCGGCUGCCAUCAACGCCGGUUAUCAUGCCGAGCUCUCCACCACUGGGAUCACAAGCACUGGCCAACUGCAGAAACAGGUGGCCGAUCUAGUCCAGCUCAUUGAACCUGGCCAGGACAUUGCUCUCUGCUGUGACUAUUCGAACCAGGAGCAGUGGGAGGUACUGUUCCCAGAGAUUCUGCGCAUGCGCCAAGCAGGCCAGCCGAUCACUGCAGCAGCGACCGACAUUAUUGCGGGUAUGCGUGGCGCUGGUCUUCGUCAUAUCACUCUCAAGGCUGCAACUCUGGCCGACAUUCGUGCUACGAUCGCCAUUUCGAAGGUGGAUCGCACGUUCCCUGUCAUUCUUCAGUGGAUGGGUGGCCGCAACGGCGGCUACCAUUCACCAAUUCUCGAUACCUACAGCCUGCUCCGGUUCCACAGGAACAUUGUCCUUGUCGCUGGAUCCGGUAUUGGCGAUGCGGACACUGCGAUGCAGUACAUGUCUGGUAGCUGGAGUGUGCCAUUCGGGCGGCCACCGAUGCCAUUUGACGGGGUUGCGAUUGGCUCCUGUAUCAUGGUCGCAAAAGAGUCUGAUAUUUCAGAUGCUACCAAGCAGCUCAUCGCUGGCACUGCUGGUGUUGGUCCAAACGAGUGGAUGGAUACGUACAGUGGUGUUGCUGGUGGUGUCACGUCAAUCACUGGCGAAAAUGGCAAGCCGAUGCAUGUUAUUGCGACACGCGCAGCUCUAUUCGCAGCUGACAAGCAGACUGAGCUUCUCCAGCAGAAGGGAGACUCCAUAGUCCAGCGGCUGAAUUCAGACUACGUUAAGCCCUGGUUCAGCAAAAAGGCGGAUGGCUCGGUUGCUGAGCUGCAGGAUAUGACGUAUUCUGAGGUCAUUCGCCGAAUGAUCGAGCUCAUGUACGUCGACGACAAGUCAUGCUGGAUUGAUUCCAGUCUUGGCCGCAUCGUUUAUGACUUUGCCAAGCGUGUAGAGGAUCGCUUCAGCGGAUGUGUGCGUGAGUGUAUCAUUCGCCACCAACUGGAGCUUGAUGACAAUCCGCUCGAGUCAAUUCGCUGCAUUGAGCGGCUAAUGGCUACAGAGGACAUCCAGUAUUUCAUCAUGCUGUGCAAACGCUCAGGUCAGAGUCCAGACAUGUGGAUGCUGCAGGGUGCUGUUUCAUUGUCGGCAAACAGUGACUAUGCGCCUAGCCAUGAUGCUCAGCGUCAGUUGAUUCCUCAUGGGCCGGAUAUGCUGGAUGGCAUUUAUACAGCUGUAAUUCAAAGGAUACAGGGUAGUUACCGUGCUAAGAUUCCUGCACCCAAACGGGCACUGGUGCAGUCGCCUAUCAUUCAGCGUAUGGGUGAUUCAGCGCGUACAUAUGCUCUUCCUGCAGAUGCUGCUUCUCUCCCAGAGCUAGACCUAUGGCUUGAUAUCUUGGCAGGGCCAGUUAAGAGUUGGUUGCGAGCGAUCCUCACUUCGCUGAGCAUUGUGCAGAACGACAAGUUUGUCGCGAAUGGAGUCAGGCGGAUCAUGGAACCAAGGGCUGGUCAAUCCGUCACGGUUUCAGACCUGAACGGCAUGCCACAGAAGCUUGAGGUGCAUGGUAAUAAUGCCCAGAGUGAUAUCACGCUUCGGGUUGUUCAUUCAGUUAGAGACGAGUGCUUUGACCUUGUUCUCAAAUACCUGUACUGCCCGUCGCGGCCUGCAAUGCCAAUAGUCCGAGGACUGUAUUUUGGCAACCACUAUGGCCCAAAUGCCUCAGGGGUUGAUGUUGCUGCGGAUGGAGAAGGAAUACCUUCGGUUUAUACAUGCCAGCCAUUCGUAGUAACUGCAGACCUUGGACGCUCACAAUGUUGUCGCAGCGAGCAGUGGAACUCGGAUAUGUUUGAUGUGAUUCAUCUGUACAACCACGUUGAGUUUGCUCCUGGGGCAUCGAUUCUCUGCAUUGGUGAUGUGAUCGACACGGACUUCAAGGUUCUCGCGCCAUGGGAACCACUAGCCACUAUGGAAAUCGGAAUGCUGUUCAGAGGGCACGAAGCCGAUGCCGGCAGUGCCUUUGAGUAUAUUGAAAAGUCAACGUCGCAUGUCGUUCUAAGGUCUGCAGCGGACAUAUCGGUACUUCAGUCUAGGCAAUGGGUUACGCAAGUUGAUGAUCUGUUUGCCACGCUGGCUCCAGGAUCCACCCUCGAAUUCAGUCUCGACACUCGAAUCUACUUGCAGAAUGAGCGCACGAAGAAGGUUCAUAUAGCAAGCAUUGAGUUUGACUCGUGCAAUGUCGUUGGGAAUCCGGUGCAGUCCUAUCUGGAUAAAUAUUCCGAGGACAUCCAGGAAAAGCUAGUCUUCGAGAAUGGGGGGAACCCAGUGCUGCCAGUGGCAGGUGUAACCACGAGUUUCCAGGCCCCAACUGACUGCUGGAAGUACUCGCAUAUAUCUGGGGAUUACAACCCGAUACACCAUUCGGCCCACAUUGCGAGCUAUGUUGGACUGCCAGGUCCGAUCAUACAUGGGAUGUGGACUUCAGCUGCUACGAGGGCUGUUGUAGAAAAGUAUGUUGCAUGUGGUGACCCUGAGAGAUUCCGCUUAGUCUUCCCCGGCGAUUGCCUAGAUGUGGAGCUGAAGCAUGUGGGUAUGGAGGAUGGACUCAUGCUCUUGGAGGGGAAGACCAUCAACCAGCACGGCGAGGCAGUUAUGGCGUUUGCUGCCAAGAUCGACCAGCCGAAGACAUCCUAUAUAUUCACCUGGUCAAGGUGCACAUCGUCGUCUGCUGCAAAGGAUGUGUGGAUUCGUGCAGAUGCAUACAUGAAAACCACAUAUGGCGUGUCCCUGUUGAAGAUUGUACGCGAAAACCCGUUAUCUUAUCAAGUCAGAUUUAGCGGGGCUACUGGAGAACAGAUUCGCGACAACUACAUGGGGCUAACACGACAAGUUGUGAUCAAUUAUGUCCAUCGUUCGGCAAAUGGGCUGCUGAACUCGACGCUCUUCACUCAGCCAAUCCAGACGGUGAUGUCACUUGCACAUGUUGCUGACAUGCGUUCUAAGGGUCUUAUUCAGUCAUCGGCAAUGUUUGCUGGCCACUCGCUUGGCGAAAUCGGGUCGACUGGCUGCAAUCGGACAGAUUCCUUUGUUCGUGGGCUGCUGCUACAUGCGUCUGUUGAGCGCGAUGACCAAGGCAGGUCGCAGUAUGCGAUGGUCUCAGUUAACCCGUCGAAGGUUGUGGCAGGGUUUGACGAGAGGAGUCUUUUGCGCAUUGUCAAGCAAAUUAGCAAGCGCAGCGGCAAGCUGCUGGAGGUCAUCAAUUACAAUGUAACUGACCAGCAGUAUGUUGUAACCGGCCAUACCUCAUCACUCGCGAUCAUGGGUCUUGGCAAGGCAACACUUAUAACCGAGUGUGGACACAAAGCAAAUGCUACUGGCCAGCUAGCGAAUGGCAUUGCUACCACAGUUAUCUCGGGUGUCGAUCUGUUGGACAGUGUUGACACCUUCCGCAGACUCCUUGCACAAAAGCUCACUCUGUGUGGAAGGUAUAUCCCAAACAUGACUGGAUCCGCAUUCGAGGUUUCCCGCGAGUAUUUCUCCAUGGUGUAUGAUGUCCAGGCUCUUGCUAACUGGGAUGAUGCUCUUGCGCUGGAUCAAGACAAUGCAAUGGAGGAGCCGACCAUUAUGCAUGUGUACAUACUGGAGACUGAAGUGGAGAGUCUUGUGGCUAACGUCUCAACUGCUGUCCCUCAAAGCCAGCUGCCAACGUCGGUGGUUGCUGCUGACCCUGGCCAAAACAAGCCCAUCGAGCUUGCUGACGUGAUACGUGCUCGGUCCCUCGUUGACAUCCCGUUAACAAGCAUUAGCAGCCAGCCUUGGGACAUUCCAUGGGAAUGCUCGGUAUUCACACUCGCUCAUUGCUUCCAAACACCUUUACUCAGCCUGUGGCCAGGGAUUACCUGCGUGAAGCAUAUGGAUGGGUUCUUCUUACUGGCUAUUACUAUGGAGCCCCCUCGCGUCUUGCCAGUGACGAUGAGGUAUACUCCAAGAAGGAAGGAAUUAUCUACACGAGAACCUCGGGUGGACAGAGUGGUCUGGGCUCCGGGCAGAAUACGGCCAUUGCUGUUAUCAACAGUGCCGAGUUUGACAUGGCCCAGAAGAGACUUGACAUGCGCGAAGGGGAGCACAUGCAAACAUUGGUCAGACAUUACAAAUGAGCUUGGCGAUGGUCUAACGAAGGGAACACAGCCGCUGUUUGACAAACGCAAGUCACGGCAUCUCAACUCAUACUGGAACUGGGUUCGCCAAGAUGUGUUUGACUGGAUCAACCGCAUGAUUCUUGAUGGUGCCCCAUCGGAUGAAAGUGUGGAUGCGGUGAGAGCAACACACAUGUUUAGAAACCGCUCGCACUCCGCACUGAUUGAGAUGCUCGAAGCCUGGGAUAUCAAUUCACAAUAUGCGUGCAGUGCUAUUGACCUGGUGCUGAAGGCUUGCGUUGAAAGCUGUAAUGCGAGCCCACUCUACCGUCUGAUCACCAAGCACAUGCGCCCAUGCACUCGCCUGCAUGAGCAAUCAACUUCACAGUUUCUGGCAAAUAUUCAAAAACCUUGCCUUGAUAAGUUCCCUCCAAUUUUCUUGCGUGAGCGGUCACAGCAAUGGACUUGGGUUCAUAGUGAGGAGCGAACGAGGGUCUAUUUCGGAGCACUGAAUGAAAUAUCCGAAAAUGGACUUACAUUUGCGGGAACUUGUGCUCUCAUUACUGGGUGCAGUGAGCGUUCGCUUGCGUUGGGACUUCUUGAAGGCUUAUUAUCUGGCGGCGCAAAGGUUGUUGUGACCACGUCCCACUACUGCCUUGAGGUUACACGGUUCUACGAGAAUGUGUACCGGCGGUGUGGUGGCCGGGGGUCGCAAUUAGUAGUGGUGCCUUUCAACCAGGGUUCUGCCCAGGAUGUGGAGUCCUUGCUCGAUUACAUCUAUAGCCCAGAUGGACUCGCAUGGGACUUGGACUAUGUACUGCCGUUUGCUGCAAUUCCUGAGACGGGGCGUGACGCGACAAACAUCGGCUCUCAAUCCGAGUUGGCAUUCCGCAUCAUGUUGACGAACGUUGUACGUAUGAUUGGUGCUAUCAAGACUGCCAAAGUAAAGUACCAGUGCGGUGAUUCUCCUGCGCUAGUGAUAUUGCCCAAUUCGCCGAAUAAGGGCGUGAUGGGAGAUGAUGGACUCUACAGUGCCGCAAAGAUGGCGCUCUUGAGCAUAUAUGACCGCUGGCAUGCUGAGCCAUGGUCCGACUAUGUAUCUGUUGCUGGGAUUGACAUUGGGUGGCACAGGAUGAUUUAUGAGGGUUUGGAAAAGUCUGGUCUCCGGACAUACUCUCGCGAUGAAAUGGCAUUCUGCAUCUUUGGGCUUAUGACGCCAACAAUUGCUAAACUUGCUAGUCAAGGUCCAGUUGAUGGAAAUUUCACUGGUGGUGUUUUGUCGUUUUUGGAAACACGGCCGAUAUAUUUCAACACGAAAAGAACAUCCAGCAUGGUGAUGAAUUCAAUCUUCUUCCAUGUCGAUUCGACAAAUCCCCUUGCUAACCACAAGUACAAAUAUCCCAGAAGUCAAAUGUACGACAAGUUGGAGCAUCUGCAUCAACUGGAAGGAAUGAUAAACCUCGACAAGGUGGUAGUAGUGACUGGAUUCGGUGAGGUUGGUCCCUUUGGCAAUUCCACAAUGCGCUGGGAAAUGGAGGCCCACGGCGAGUUUCUCCUCGAAGGCUGUACACACUAUACUGGAUGGGUCGAUGCAAAAUCGAAUGAACCAGUACAUGAUAUGGAUGUCAAGGCCAGAUAUGAGCCAUAUAUCCUGGAGCACACUGGAAUUCGUCUCAUUGAGCCAGAACUCCACGACGGGUAUGACCCAUUGAAGAAAGAGAUGAUGCCCUUGAACCAUUUGAGGCCAGUGCCGAGGAGGCAGGCCAAUUUCAAGCGUGGUAAUGGUGAUAGCGUAGACAUAUGGGAGAAUGCUGAUGGCUCAUGGUCGGUCAAAUUUUUGAAAGGGGCGGUUCUGCUGGUUCCAAAAGCACUCCGGUUUGAUCGCUGCGCAGCGUCUCAGCUGCCAACUG